AUGCGAUUCAGAACGCUCGAAAUCCGGUGGCACGACAGCAAGCCCAUCUCGACCUGCGACUUCCAGCCCGUCCCCUUCAAAAAGGCGCGUCCACCCGCAGGCCAGGAGAAGAACUUUGCAGGGCAAUCCUACAGACUCGCUACAGGUGGAGAGGACAACCAUGUUCGAUUGUGGAUGGUUCACCCGCAUAUACGGCCUGCGAGUUUGGUAGACGAGGCGGAGCAGUGUGGGGCUCCGAGACCACCCCGUGUAGAGUAUCUGGCGACGCUGAGCAGGCAUUCCGCCGCCGUGAAUGUCGUUAGGUGGUCUCCCAACGGCGAAUACAUCGCCUCGGCUGGCGACGAUGGGAUGAUCAUUAUAUGGGCGCCCUCGUCCACACCCCAAGCUACGACCUACGGGAGCGAUCUCAGUGCAGAAGACCUCCAACACGAGAAAGAAUACUGGAAACCGCGUACGUCGUUUAGAUGUACGACUAUGCAGGUGUACGACCUCGCGUGGAGUCCGACUGGAGAGUACGUUAUUGCUGGGAGCACAGAUAACACCGCGAGGGUUUUCGCUGCCGCAGACGGCAAAUGCGUCUGCGAAAUCGCUGAACACUCGCAUUUCGUCCAAGGCGUCGCAUGGGACCCGCUCAACGAGUACAUCGCGACACAGAGCAGCGACCGCUCCAUGCACAUCUACCGCAUCUCCACCAAGAACGGGACAUUCGAAGCCCACGCCGUAGGCAAGAACACCCGCAUGCCGCGUCGACACAGUCGAACACCGAGCGUCACCGGGCGACCGCGGUUAUUCAACCCAAGCACCACCACCACAAGCAACACCAGCCAGCCUCCCGAAAGCGACAACGAAUCCGCAAUCAUGGACGACUCGCACGACGGUGGUGCGGCACCCCUGACACCCGCGAUGUCGGUAGCGAGCACACCGUCCACGACGACGACCAUGUUCCCUCCACCACCCAUCGAGCCGUCCUCGCGCCGCUCCUCCUUCAGCGGCUCCAACGCCCCCAACUCCCCCUCCACCUUCUCCACCGCCUCCGCCACACCACACUCCCACGCGCGCUACGGCCGCUCGCCCUCCCCAAUGCCGCCCCUCCCCGCCAUCCGCAGCCUCCCGCCCAACUCGUGGGCCUCGGUCAAACUCUACGGCGACGAAAGCUUCACCAACUUUUUCAGGCGGCUGACGUUUAGCCCCGAUGGGGGGCUGUUGAUGACGCCUGCGGGACAGUUUGAGGACCCGAGUGUGGUGCUCCCGGGGAGUGGACGGCAGUUUGUGAAGGACGACUCUGGUGGGACGCCUGUGAGAGGGAGGAGGGGAAGGCCUGCUUCUGUUUCUGCGGGUGAUGUCUUGCCUGGUUCGGGGACGGUUACGAAUAACCCUUGCUCUUCCUCCUCUUCCUCCACCGCCAUUCCAGGGACAUCCUCAGGUUCAAGUUCAUCAGUGUUCAUCUACUCUCGCGCCAACUUUGCGCGUCCGCCUAUCGCGCAACUUCCAGGCCACAAAAAAGCAAGUGUGGCGGUCAGGUUUUCGCCGGUGUUGUAUGAGCUGAGGUCGGGUGUUGAGGGUGAGGUGGGGGGUGAGCAGCCCAAGACUGCUACGGCUGCUUUGGAGAAGGGGAUGGAAGUAUCGAUGAAUGUUGAUAUCGUCGGGCCUGUACACCUACCCCCAGGUUCUUCCUCCUCGACUUCAGGAUCUGCUCUUCAUUCCUCCGAGUCGGCACCAACUCCAGCAACCUCGUCGUUGUUGACGCCCCAACGCACACCGCAGACUUUACCUGUUUCUUUGGAUGCCCCUGCUCCCAAGUUGGCGGUAGCUACUUCUGGUGCGGGUGCUGGUGCGGGAGUGAAAGCGUCGCCUGCGCUCUCGCCGAUGGAUUUACGCCCUCCUACGCCUGCUGCGUCUAAGCCUUCGACGCCUAUCCCUUCUUCGGGGUACGAGUCUGGGUCGCAGUCGCAGACGCAGACUCCGUCGCACCCACACUCUCACUCGCAUUCGCAAGCUCAUGCAGGAAGCACCUCCCCGACUAAACCAACUACAGGCUCCAUCUUUGCUUUACCGUACCGCAUGCUCUACGCGGUUGUGACGAUGGAUACCAUAGCCGUGUAUGACACGCAGCAAGCUGGACCUGUAGCGUUAUUGACCAAGUUGCAUUAUGAUGAAUUUACAGAUGUUAGCUGGUCCCCGGAUGGCCAAACCCUAAUGCUCUCCUCACGCGACGGCUACUGCACGAUCAUCAUCUUCGACGAGAUCCUCCCCGCGCACCACACACAGCAACACACACUCCAAAUUCAAUCCAUCGCGCAGCACCACUCGGUGCCGCUUUUGGCGCCUAGCACGUCCACGUCGUCGUCGACGCCGGCUGUUACGCCUGCCUCCUCUAACAUUGGGUUGCCUAGUGUGGGAGGAGCAGGGACGGCGACUCCGCAGGUCAUACCCAAGAAGAGGGCGGAGCCGCCUUUGACGCCUGCUGCGAGUGUGGAUGGGGGAGAUGGUGGUGGGUCCGGGCAUGGGUCUGCAUCGUAUUUCGCACAACAGCAGCAGCAGCAGGUGUCGGGUAAUAACCAGGUUGAAGGGCAGCUGGAGGGUGGUGGUGCAGGAGCAGCGGGAGGGAACCAGGAGCCGCCGAAGAAGAAGAGGAGGGUUGCGUUGACCCGGGUUGGGGAUUUGGGGUCAUGA